AUGGACACCAUUGUAAAUGAUGCCGACAUCCCCUUCGUCUGGCGCGCAAACCUCACUUCCGACCAACUUGAAACGGUCAAGGCCGACAGCGUCAUCGCCGGAGCCGACAUCAACGAUCCUCUUACACGUGACGAUCCGGAGCCGGACAAGACCCAGUCGUCGGCCACUCGGCGGAAGCGUGUCGAGAUUGCGCAGAGCCCGAUACCCAACAACGACAUCUUUGACCUGCGUACGCUCUCGACGCCGCCGAAACAAAAGGCCACACUCCCCGAUUAUCGAUACGACGACUUUGCCGGCCACGGCAUCACCGUGUACGUCGUCGACACCGGCCCAUUCGACCUGCAGCACGAGGAGUUCACCGCGCCCAGCACCGACGUCACCCGCCGGGAGUUGAACGUCGCCAGAAACAAGAAGUUCAGUCUGGAGGAUACCCAACACGGGACGUGCGUGGCUUCCAAAGCCGUCGGUGUAACAGCCGGAGUGGCAAAGCGCGCGAACCUCGUCGGCGUGCGCAUCGAUUUUACCGAGUUCGGUCUGCUCCGCGGUCUCCAGGCCGCCGCCAACGAAAUCAAGCAAAAGGGGCUGAAAGGCAAGGCGGUUGUCACCACAUCGAUCCUCAUCAGGGCGCCUGACAACAUCUACACCACCUCGAUGCGCAGCGUCAUCAGGGGCUUGAUCAACCUGGAUGUCCCCGUUGUCGCGGCUGCUGGGAACAAAUUCCUGGACGGCCUCACGGAGCCGGACAAGUUGCCGGCAGUAAUGGCCAACGAGCUCCCCAUCAUCGUGGUAGGCUCGGCCGGGACGGAUUUCAACAUUGCUCCGACAAGCCAGCGCGGUAAUCUUGUCACGACGUUUGCCAUCGGCGCCGACAUCAAGUGCGCGGACCCUCUCGAUCAGACGGGUCUCGCGACAGACUCGGGCACUUCUUUCGCCGCGCCUCAGGUUGCAGGUCUGGUGGCGUACUGGAUGUCGCAUCCAGAGUUUGCUGGCAACUUGCCACCAGGCUCGGUGGCUGAGACGCUCCGCAACAUAACGGGUGCGCUUUCAUAUCCACGCGUCGCUGAGGCGGGAUUUCCUCCCAUCGCCUGGAAUGGACACGACCUGGCCGAAUCGUGUUCCGUCCCGAACUCUGGGAUAGGGAGGAGAGUAAGACGGAAUAUGAGGCGCGACCUAAGCCAGGCGUGUUCGUUUGCACCCACAUCAGUCCCUUCGGCGACUCCCACAGUCCCAGUUCCUUCGGCGGCUCCCACAGUCUCUGUCCCUUCGGCGGCCCCCACAGUCUCAGUUCCAGCCAGCAGCGCUCCGACAUCAGGGCUUGUCACGCCUACGGCGACCCCCGAAACGCCGACGUGUAAUUUGUGCGGUGCCGAAUUUCAGGGUGGCACCCUGGGAGGGCAGGUUGGCUGCGCAGAUGCUGAGGUGGCCAGGAGCGCGUGCGCAGCUGACGACACCUGUAAUUCUUGGGCUUUUGGCAAUGAGAACCGGGGCACAUACACUAUUCCUGUGUGUCUUCUCUUUGAUCAGUCGGCGACGCAAAUUGUCAGCCAGGCACCGCCAGACCCAGAGGGGAAAUGCCCCUUCAGAUACAACGAUAAGGCUUGCCCUGCAUCUUAA